AUGUCAAAUUUUAUUAGUACAAUUUUUAGAACUAAUUCUGGUAGAAUUCCACCAAACCAACAAGAGAUUUAUGAUAAUCUUCCUUUUACAAACAAAGAAAAUUAUUCUCAAAGUACAAAUUCAUUUGUAAUGGCUAAUUCCGAACCAAUAAAUGAUCUUCCUCUAUC